CAGCAGAAGAGAGACAGUUCACACAGCAAGAGAGUAAGAGUGACACACACGCAGCCGGAGAGGAGAGAAGUAAGAGGGGAAAAGUACAGGAGAAGAAGACGAGGUAUAUUCCACCGAUAUGGCCUUGCGGGAUGAACUUUUAAAGUCCAUUUGGCAUGCCUUCACAGCUCUGGAUGUGGACAAAAGCGGGAAAGUCUCUAAAUCUCAGCUGAAGGUGCUGUCCCACAACUUAUGUACAGUCAUGAACAUUCCCCAUGACCCAGUGGCUCUGGAGGAGCACUUCAAAGAUGAUGACGAGGGUCCUGUCUCCAACCAGGGAUACAUGCCUUACCUGAACAAGUUCAUUCUGGAUAAGGUGAAGGAUAACUUUAACCGUCAGGACUUCAACAAAAUGUGCUGGACGUUGUCGUAUAGGAAGAACCUGGAGCAGAAUGAGCUGAAGAUCUGUAAUGAUGACGCCUUCAAGAUCUGGUGCAUCUUCAACUUCCUGUCUGAAGACAGAUACCCCCUGAUCGUCGUCACUGAGGAGAUUGAGUACUUCUUGCGUAAGUUGACAGAGGCGAUGGGGGGAAGCUGGGUGGAGGAGCGCUUCGAGGACUAUAAGCUGCAGCUGAACUCGAAGCAGCAGUGUCUGAAUGCAUGGGAGCUCAUCAGCCUAGUUGGGUCGGGUCACUUCAGUAAGGGCAUGGACCAUCAGACGCUCUCAAUGGGAAUCGGUGAAGUCUACCAGGAACUCAUUCUCGACGUGCUCAAACAGGGCUAUAUGAUGAAGAAAGGGCACAAGAGAAAGAACUGGACAGAGCGCUGGUUUGUGCUGAAGCCAAACACAAUCUCAUACUAUGUUGGUGAAGACUUGGCUGAAAAGAAAGGAGACGUCCUGUUGGAUGGAAACUGCAGUGUGGAGCAUUUACAAGAUAAAGAGGGAAAGAAGUGCCUCUUUCUCAUCAAGUCAUCACAAAAAAGCUUUGAAAUCAGUGCAUCAGACAAGAAGAAGAAGCAGGAGUGGAUCCAAGCUGUUCAGAACUGCGUGACUCUGCUGCGUCAGGGCAGACCAGCGCCGCACCGCGAGGCUCGACAGAAGCGCAGAGAGCUGCGGCUGAAACAGCAGGCUGAACAGGAAGAACUGGAGCUGAGGAUGAGGGAGCUACAGAUAGCCAAUGAGGCCAAGCAGCAUGAACUGGAAAAUAUGAGGAAGGCUCUGGAGGAGGCAGCAGCUAACGCAGCAGAAGAAGAAAAAAGACGCCUUCAGACCCAAACUGAGCUCCAGGACCGUUACAGGAGGGACCUGGAGAGAGAGAAACUGGUGCGGCAGCAGAUUGAGAAAAACCUGGCUGAGAAGUCCACUGAGCUGGAGCAGUACCUGCAGAGGGUCCAUGAGCUAGAAGACAUGUAUCGCCAACUGGAGCACGCUUUGGAAGACGAGAGGCGUGCCAGACAGGAUGAGGAAAUCAUCCGUAAGCUGCAGACACGAUUACUGGAGGAGGAGGCCAAGAAGAGAGCAGAGUUGGAGCAGAUCCAUUUGCAGCAGAAGCAGGCCAUCUCCGUCACGGUGGCUGAGAAAGAGGAACUGGAGAAGGAGCGUCUGGCCAAGGAGAGCGCCCUGCAAGCUGCAAUGAAGCAGCUGGAGCAGCUGGAGCUGGAGAGGCAGGGGGCGCUGGAGCAGUAUGAGACGGUAAAGAAGAAGCUGGAAACUGCGACCAACAACACCAAGACCUGGAAGCACAAAGUGGCUGAACAUGAGGGCUUGUUACGGCUCAUUCAACCAGGUGCCAAGGGGCAGCAGAAUAUCACAAACUGGGGCCCUGCAGCCUUUUCUGAAGCAGAGCUCAGUCUGAGGGAGAAACAAUGGCAGGAGACGAAGAACCAGGCAACUUAAGCUCAGUAAAGCUGUUGUAAACCAUUAUCAUAACCUUAAACAUGUUUAACUAACAAGGGAAAGAUGAGACAGGCCUGCUGGGAUGUGCUGGAACGUCUCUGAUGAAGCGUAUCUUUGCCGGGAUAAAAAGGCAUUUUAUAAUAAGGUGGCAUUAACUAAUCAAUAAAUCUCACGUUACCCUGUAGGAAGCACAGAUAGAACUGAUAAACUUGGCUCUAUGUUAGUGUUGGCCACCAUUGAUUAUCUCUAAAACCACCAACAAGAAAAAGCCACCUCAUAAUUUAGGGAACGGGAUUUAAAAUGAUAAUUAUUGCAAAAUAACUUUUCCUCAGUAGAAAUAUGAGAGAUAAUCAGCACAAAAUCAAUAGAAGGCAUUCGGUUUAUAUUUUUACACACAGCGUGACAGUGACAAUGGGAGUAGUGCCAAACCGAACCAGUGACUAUGACAACAAACGCGGUCCACGGCUCAAAAGACGAAGACGUUGUUGAACAGAGGGAUCCAAAGAAUUCGGUAUUGUGGAGAUUUGUAGCUGUCCAACAUAGGAGUGGAAUAUCAUACACUGCACAUACGUGCCUUUAUGUGAAAGCAUGUUUCAACAAAGCCACGUAACACCACAAAAUUGUUUUUGCCGUCCUUGCAAAGUGCAACACUGACAGUUUCUCUGCAAGAUUUUACAGUGUACAUUUUAUUGUAAAAGAAAUGAUGGCAGUAAGGACAGUGGCUGAUUAAAGUAACUGACCCUCCUUAGCAACUCCCUCGCCGGAAGCGUUUCUCUCAGAUAAGUGCAGGCACGUGUCGGACAUGCGAUCCACACGAGUGCAGUUUUACCAAAAUGUCAGCAAAACCCACAUCAAACCACAGACGUCCACAGAUUAUGUGUAAUGGUGAGAAAUGUCACAGGGAAAAAGUAUUGAACACAUGAAGAAAGCGAGGCGCAAAAAGGAAUGGAAAGUCAUGACACCAGCUGAAAUCUAUCAGUAAUUAGAAAAUAAUCCUGGCGCUUAGUGCAAAUUAAUGUCAGCUGGUUCAGUCCAAACCAACAGCUUAUAAAAAGGUGACUCAUUACCAAUGUGUCACAGAAGAGACUUCUCAUGAUGGGUAAGACUAAUGAGCUCUCUCAAGACCUUCACAACCUUAUUGUUGGAAAGCAUGCUGAUGGCACCAGUUACAGAAUUUCUAAAAUACUGAAGAUUCCAUUGAGCACUGUUGGGGCCAUAAUCCAGAGGUGAAAAGAACAUUUUUCACCAUAAGCCGACCACAACCAGGUGCUCCCCGCAAGAUUUCAGACAGAGGAGUGGAAAGAAUUGUCAGAGUUGUCCCAGAGCCAAGGAGCACUUGUGGAGAGCUACAGAAAGACCUGGAAUCAGCAGAAGGCACUGCACAUCACCCCCAAAACACCAUACCAACAGUGAAGGUUGGAGGUGGGAUCAUCAUGUGUGGGGCUGUUUUUCAGCAUACAGCACCGGCACACUUCAUAUUAUUGAAAGAAGGAUGAAUUGAAAAAUGUACUGAGACAUUCCUGAUAUAAAUUGGCUGCCAUCUACCAGGAUGAUGACGAUGAAACGCUUCAGCAAGAUGAUGUUCCCAAACACGCAGCCAAGGAAACUCUCGAUUGGUUUCAGCGAAAGAAAAUACAGCUGUAAGAAUGGCUCAGCCAAUCAUCUGACCUGAAUCCAACUGGAAAUGUAUGGAAAGAACCAAAUUUCAGAGUUUAUAGAAGAGAGGUGUGGAAUCAGGAUUUGAUGUUUGUGUGGAAGACUGGGCCAAAAUCACACAUGAGCAAUUUUGAAGCUGUUGUCACCAACACAGGCUUUUGUACCAAGUA